UCCCGCGCGCCGUCCCCGGAAACGGUGCACGCAGCCGCGCGCCGGCCAUGGAAGGCCACCUGUUCUCUGCGGCGCUCAGCGGCUCGUUCCUGGCGUCGUGCCUACUAUUCGCCGCUGUGGGCCGCGCGCUGCGGGAGCCCUACAUGGACGAGGUCUUCCACCUGCCGCAGGCGCAGCGCUUCUGCCAGGGCCACUUCACCGAGUGGGACCCCAUGAUCACCACGCUGCCUGGCCUGUACCUGCUGUCCGUGGGCGUGGUCAAGCCGGCAGGCUGGCUGCUGGGCUGGCCCGAGCAGGUGGUCUGCUCCAUCGGGGCCCUGCGCUUCGUCAACCUGCUCUUCAGCGCCGGCAACUUCUACCUGCUGCACCUGCUGCUGUGCCGCACGCAGCCGCGCCACAAGCAGGCCUGGUGCCCCCGGCCCCUCCUGCAGGCCUCGUCGGGCAUCCAGAGGGUCCUGUGCACGGUGGCGCUGGCAGCCUUCCCACCGCUUUAUUUCUUCAACUUCCUGUACUACACGGACGUGGGCUCGGUGUUCUUCACGCUCUUCUCCUACCUCAUGUGCCUGUACGGGAACCACAAGACAGCCGCCCUGCUAGGCGCAGGCGCUGUGCUCUUCCGGCAGACCAACGUGGUGUGGGUGGCCUUCUGUGCAGGCAGCGUAUGCGCCCCAAAACUGGCGGAGGCCUGGCAGGCGGAGCUGCGGGUCCGGCCUGCGGGAGGGGGGCCCCUGCAGCGAGGCUGGGCGCUGGCCCGCUUCCUGGGGAUAUUCUUGGGACGCAGGGAGCAACUGUGGGCCCUGCUGCCGGCGCUGUGGCCCUACGCCCUGCUGCUGCUGCUCUUCAGUGCCUUUGUGCUGCUCAACGGUGGCGUGGCCGUGGGUGACAGAGACAGUCACGAGGCCUGCCUGCACCUGCCACAACUCUUCUACUUCUGCUCCUUCACGCUGCUCUUCUCCUGUCCACACCUGGCCACCCCCUCAAGGCUGCGAGCCUUCCUGGGCUGGGCACGCCGGCGCCGGGCCCUCUUCCUGUUGCUCACUGUGGCCUGCAUGCUGCUGGUCUGGAGGUUCACCUACGCCCAUAAGUACCUGCUGGCUGACAACCGGCACUACACCUUUUACGUGUGGCGGCGGCUGCUGCAGCGCCACCCAGCAGUCAAGUACUUGCUGGCACCCGCCUAUGUCUUCGCGGGCUGGGCCAUCCUCGACUCACUCAGGGCCAAGUCCAUCUUCUGGACCCUGACCUUCCUGGUCUGCCUGCUGGCCGCCACAGUCCCACAGAGGCUACUGGAGUUCCGCUACUUCAUCCUGCCCUACCUCAUCUACCGGCUGAACGUGCCACUGCCUCCCACUGCCCGGCUGGUGUGUGAGCUGGCGGCCCACACCGCUGUCAACGCCCUCACCUUCUACGUCUUCCUCAACAAGCCCUUCCGCUGGCCUGACAGUCCAGACUUGCAGCGCUUCAUGUGGUGAUGAAUGGUGCCCAGCCAGUGUGGGACCACCACCCCAAGACACACAGCACAGCCUGCCUGUGGCCCCCAGAACCCAGGAGCUGAGAGUUGGGGCCACUGCAGCCAGGGAAGGGACCGUCCACUGCCAGCAGCAGGCCCCUCUGUGCCCCCAGACCCAUCCCCAGCCAGGCAGCAACAGGGGACACAGCCUGGAAAGAUGUUCCCAACUGGAAGGCCGUCCCACAGAACAUGGCAUGUGAUUCAGAUCUUCAAGUCAAACAGCCUUGACACUCCUGAGUCUGGGAUCAGGGGAGGUCAAGCUUUUAAUGACCACUGGCCCAUAGCUGGCGCCCACUGGAAAGGACUUGUGGAGGGUGACCCCUCUCAGGAGGCCUGCUGACCACUGACCCUGUGCUUAUUUGCAGGGCUGCUCUGACAAGUGGCCACAGACUUGGGGCUUAACACACCCCCCUCCCCCAUUCCAGAAUCUGGGGGCCUAAAAGGAAGGUCUUGGUGGAUUGGUUGUCUCCAGAAGCCCAGGAGGCCAGCUUUGACACCCCAGUAGCUUCUGGGCCCCCCGAUCCCCUUCUGGUUCUCCAGGACAAGGCCUGACCAUGGCUGGUCUGGAUCCAGGCCCUGCCUCAUGUCUGCAGGUGGAAAUGGGCAGUUCCUGGGUGCCUAGUGACCUGGUGCUUUGUGAGAUAUGCUUCAGCCUCUCAGACUCAGCAGUGAAGAGUGAAGCCUCUAGCUAGGAAGUCACGUCUACGUAGACAGCUGUGCAUAGCAUUGUGUCUGUACAGGGAGGUCACGUGGCCCAGGAACUAAAGGCACAUGGUGUAUGAUGUCGCUGUGACACGUAGCAGACUUGGAUGGGGGGGGUCUUAGAGUCAUCUGCUUGAGGCCUUUGUAGUUAGGGAUGGCUGCAGGGGUGUGUUGUGUGUGAUGUCUGCUGUUUGGGGGACAUUCCUUAUACUGUUCUCUCCUUACAGAAAAAUAGUAUUUGGACCCAUGAACUCUUCUGUGUACCCUCAGAACUGUGAACAGAGUUUAUCCUUAGCCUUUACAUUCAUAAACUGACAGCCACUUAUUGGUCUUCA